AUGGCAGCAGAGGUGUCCUCCACAAAUCUUCGACCAUCAUUAAGGCGCUGUACGCCAACUCCCGCGGAUGCGUGCAGGAGGUGCUUUUGUGUGGGAACUUGGUUUCAGCUCAGCCUAAUACUCUUAUCUGUUACAGUCACCAAAUUUUUGCUUUUCCUCCUAAUGGGUUCGAAACCGGGUGAUGAAAUUCCUCCACAAUGUCUCGGUGAAACCGGAGCUCUUAGCUUCAAAAAACCGACUGAGCAGGACCUUAAAGAUUCCCAAGAGCUUGAAACUACACUAGCACAGCUAGAUAUAUUUGAAACUCCCGAAGAGAUCACCCAGCGACGCGAAGCUUUGAUGCGGCUGCAAGAAAUUUCCAACAAAUGGAUCAAACAGAAAGCUGUCGAGCAAAACCUCCCUCCUCAUGUUGCCAAGGCAACCACUGGGAAGAUUUUCACGUUUGGGUCGUAUCGCUUGGGUGUUAAUUUCAAAGGAGCUGAUGUGGACUCGUUACUGGUUGUCCCACGAUUCAUUACAAGACAGGAGUUUUUUUCCGAAUUUCAAUCUGUCCUAUCGGAGAAUCCCCACGUAGAAGAUAUUCAUGCCGUCGUAGACGCCUUCGUACCAGUAUUGAAAUUGAAAUUCAUGGGUGUUGAGAUUGAUUUAUUGUUUGCCCAAAUCGAUCAAAUGAAUAUCGCUGAAAACUUCAACCUUUGUGAAAAUACAGAAGUGCUAAUGCGUAACAUGGAUGAACAUGAUGUGCGUAGUAUUAAUGGUGUGCGCGUCAAUGAGGACAUAUUGAACCUUGUAUAUAACAAAAACUCCUUCAAAGUUGCUCUCAAAAAAUGUACCAUUCUUUAUACUUUCGAUCUUUUCCUUUUUGUUGCGCAGGUAAUUCGGUUUUGGGCCAAGCGCCGCAAUAUAUACUCGAACACUCUGGGUUUCUUGGGCGGAGUGUCUUGGGCGAUUCUGGUCUCACGCAUAUGCCAACUCUACCCCUACGCGUCCCCAUCUAUGCUAGUCUAUUUGUUUUUCAAGAUUUUCAGUCAGUGGCCGUGGCCCAAACCUGUGCGCUUGCGUGAAUCUGAAUACAUUCCCAGCCUGUGUCUUCCAGUGUGGGACCCACGCCUCAACCUUAUGGAUCAGUAUCAUUUGAUGCCCAUUCUCACCCCGAGUUACCCGUCACAGAAUUCCGCUUAUAAUGUACAACGCAGCAAUCGCAUAAUUCUCGAGCGCGAACUAAAACAAGGUCUCACAGUCUCCAGUGAUGCACUUCUACACAAACAGCCUUGGUCCAACCUUUUCGAGCCCGCUUUUUUCUUCCGCUACCGUCAUUAUGUGGUCGUGAUUGUCACUGGAAGUGCGAAGCGCUCUUUUCUGGAACUCUGCGGCCUCGUCGAGUCCCGUCUCCGCGUCCUUGUAAGCAACUUUGAACUCAAUCGCUACGUGAAAAUUGCUCACGUCAACUGUCGUUCGUACGGGAAGGGUCCGAGUGAUGAGGAUGCCGAGUUGGUUCGAAAGUGGUUUAUAGGAAUGGAAUUCGAUCGUAAUCCAAACUCGCUGACAACAGUGGUAAACCAUACAUGUACCGAGAAACCCACAUUGAACGUGGACUUGAGCGAAAACAUCAAUUCUUUCGAGAAGUCAAUUGAGCGUGGUUUGUCCAAUGAUGACCUAACUAACACAGUGACCGUGAAGUAUGUUAAAAAGUCGCAACUGCAUCAGUUCGUGUCUGCAGAAGAUAUGGAUGAAAUUAAGCGACAAGCUGCCAAGGCAGCUAUAUCUGAAACGGCCAAGGCCUCAGAAAGUUCUAAAGCCUCUCCAUAUCCAUCUGUCGGCUCAGAUAGAGGAGAGAGCAUGCCAAGCCCUGCGAGUUCAUCUGACUUACCCAGCGGAGCUGCAUCUCCUGCCUCGCUUCAGCGUUCCAGCAGUUGCGCCUCUGUUGUUAACGUGACUUUACAAGCAGCAUCUCCGUCGCAGAACACAGCCUCAUCCGACCCACAAAAGGAUGAAUCUGCUGUCACAAAUGGUUCUUCCUAUCCAGAGAACUCAAUUUCGACAGAGACGUCCAAUAACCCUUCUCCCGCUGCUUCUAACUCCAUUGCUGGCCCGUCUCAGUCCUCCCCCGACCGGGGUCCACUUGCACCCGCGCCUGCGCAAAAACGGCAGUCUCCUGCCAAAAACUUGUCAGACUCGAGCGGCGACGAUGUCAAACGGAAACGACUAACUGUCGACAACACCAAACUUGUUCUCAGCCCUCCCACUUCUGCCCGAUAGCAAUAUAUUUGCAUAAGUCGUACAUUCACUUGUUCUUUUGCUCGCUCUUUCCCCCAACUGUCCUCGCAAGCACAUUCAAUAUGGCAAUUCAUCGCCCUUUCUGAGGUGCUUCACUCUGUUUGUCUUUUUAUAUCGGCUCUCCACUUGUCCACACUCAGUUCAUUUGCGUGGGUCUCCGAGUGUGGUCUCUACUUCCAUGGACGUCGUCAACUCCUCCAAAUCAGAUGCAUUUACCAGUUUCUCACCUCCAGAACGUCAUGUGCUCCGUCCCAUCCGAUUCCUUGUGAGCAAUCUGAUUGGUUCGUUGUCUUGAGUUGCCUGGUUUGUAUCCCGUGCCCCGGAUUAUGUGGUAAAUCGUAUACAGUUCUUGCCGAUUGUGGGGGAACAUGUACUAGUUGCCCGCCCUGUUACUCGAUCCCAGUACGGUUUGGGUAACUCCUUGGUCUGUUUGGAUCGUAUGGAUGCGCACCCGUUUAUCCAUUCAUGUGUGUGUUUGUCUGAUUGUUGAUAGCCUUAGACCAUGUUAGCUGUGGCGUGUUUGUGCGUUUUUUGACUUCGCCGUACGUAUGUGUAUGCGUGUGCUUGUGUGUGCGUCUGGAGCACCCGUUCAUCUUCACCAACCCUUGAUUUGAACCUUCUCUUCCGUUGGUCCAUAGGCACGCAAUCGCCAUUUUCUCAUUUUUCUCAAAUUCCCCGUCUCUGACCAACUCGCCUUUUGUGUACAUGUGAGUUUUAUCAGAUAAAAAUCCA